UUCCACCCACUGCGAGUCUCAGUUGGUGCUAAACGCUCAAGCCAAUAACAUGGAUAUGGACUUGAAUAACGACUUGGAGAAACGCAUUUCGGAUGCCUUCUGUGUGUUCGAUCAUCACGGCGACAAGUUCAUCGAUGUCAGAGAGGUGGGCACUGUGCUCAGACUUCUGGGCUGUGUUCCCACCGAGGAGGAGGUGAACGAAGUCAUCUCGGCCACAGAAUCGGAGGAGACCAGUGGCGAGGUGCAUUUGACCAAGUUUUUGCCACACGUCUCGCAACUGCUCAUGGAACGAAAAAUGGAACCCGCUCCGCCAGAGAAAAUUCUGCAGGCCUUUAAGAUCUUGGAUCCGGAGAACAAGGGCUAUCUGACCAAGGAGAGCUUUGGCAAGCUGAUGAUGGAGGAGGGCGAGCCGUUCACCCAGGAGGAAAUGGAUGAGAUGUGGCCGGUGGCCAUAGAUCCAAUUAGCGGCCACAUACCCUAUGAGUUCUACCUGAACCAGCUUAUGGUCUAUCUGUAAGGAACACUGAGUGGUUUAAUAAAGCCUCCGAAGCAUGUGCAGCUAUACCAAAUCCAGUUCCCACUUUAUUAACCUGAGGCAGCUCUAAAAGUGCACGCUGAGUUCAAUAAAGUCGCAAAAUUACACUA